UGCGCGUAGCGUACAACUCCUGGAACUUUCUGUGAGAUAAGUCUGUUCUUGCGCUUCCCAGGCUGGUGGCUCGAACUCAGGUGUCCGAGUCUGUCACUCUCGCCCUCGUCUCUGUCCGCGUGCCUGGCGGGAGCUGCCGGCUUCGCUCGCGCGCGGCCUGGGUGUGUGCCACAGUGGCGGUAGCUGGCCCCGGGCUCUCUUCUGGAAGAGGCCUGAGAGCGGGAUUGCCUGGGUCGUGAGGGCCCCGAGUCUCUCUCGUCAUGGUGAAGAAGAAUAGUAUUCCCAACGGGUGGAGGACUGUGAUACCAAUUGGACAUCCUCUACCUGGGACCCGAUUUAUUGCCUUUAAAGUUCCUUUAAAGGGGGCAGUUAAUCAGAGACUUACCCCAGCCCAGAAGUUUACACCAAAAGACUUAAUUAGUGCAAUAAAAGCACUAAAUGUGGAGCUUGGGUUAAUUAUUGAUUUAACAUAUACCACAAGAUAUUAUGAAGUUAAGGACUUACCUAAAAAUAUUAAUUAUAAAAAACUUUACACUGUUGGACUUGAAGUCCCUGAUAAUGCUACUAUUCUGCAGUUCAAAAAAUGGGUCAGAGAGUUUCUUUGGGAAAAUGCAGAAAAUGAUAAACUCAUUGGAGUUCAUUGCACUAAUGGAAUUAACAGAACAGGAUACCUUAUAUGUAGGUACCUUAUUGAUGUUGAAGGCUGGGAUCCAGAUACAGCAAUUCAAGCUUUUGGCGAGGCCCGGGGUCAUCAAAUAGAUGGUUGUGUGUACUUAAAGGAUCUCAAAACUCAGCCCAUGAGAAGUAAUCUUGGAAUGGAUGUCUGGGGUUCUGAUGAAGAUGCAAAUCCCCCAUUCAGUUCUAUGGAAGAAUCCAGAGAUUGGCCCUCAAAUAAAGACUUUCAUGGCCUCAAUUCUUACUUCAAAACAUGAAGCAUUUUGCCACCUGAACAGUUCUGAUUUUUCUCUUCCCCAGGAAAGAAGCACUUGAGCAGUGCCAGGCACUGUUAGGCAUUAGUAUCACAAGAUGUACAUAAAAUAUGAGGGGGCAUACAGAGCUCUUCAGUUUACCAUGGCACUUCAUGUCUGCCUUGACACCGUCUCUUUCCUUCAUAUAAUCUCUGCUCUCCCAUUCUAAGGAAGCAUUCCUUUACCUUCAAAAUUGAAAAUAACUAUUGCAUUACUGUUCCUUAUAAAUGAAUCCUUGUGAAAAUCCCUCUUAGAAAUUAUUGCUAGGGCCGACCCCGUGGCUCACUCGGGAGAGUGUGGCGCUGGUAGCACCAAGGAUGCAGGUUCAGAUCCUAUAUAGGGAUGGCUGGUGCACUCACUGGCUGAGCGUGGUGCAGACAACACCACGCCAAGGGUUGCGAUCCCCUUACCAGUAAGAAAAAAAAAAAAUUAUUGCUAGAAACCAGUUUUGUUUUGUUUUGUUUUGUUUUUUGUUUGUUUUCAGAUAAUAUCAGGUUUUUUUGUUGUUUUUGGUUAGGUUGGGUUUUGGGUUUUGUUUUGUUGCUAAGAAGCACAGUUCUAACUGUAGUCAAUUAUAGUAUCUUAUCCUGGGUUUUUAAUGGUUAUCUUUUUUUCAUUCUAAAUGCUGUCUCUAUUCCUCUUUUUAUCUCUUUCAAGUUGGUGUGUUUUUAUGUUAUAAAGGAGUUUGGCAGUUCCUUAUAAAACUAAAAAUGGAUUUAGCAUAUGACCCAACAGUUGCACCCUUGGGCAUUUAUCACAGAGAAAUGAAAACUUUUGUUUAUACAAAAACCUGACAUGAAUAUUCAUAGCAGCUUUAUUUAUAAAGCCAAAAAACUAGAAACAGCCCAAAUGUGUCAUUUAUAUAUUAAAUAUUUUUAUGUUAUAAGCUCUAUUCAUGUUUUUAGGAAUAAAUGAUAAAGCAGUAAAUGUUUUUGCUUAUUUCUUCUGACAUGAAGUCAGUACAGUAAACCAGCAUGCCAUCAACCAUAUUUGUAAGAUUACUUCUUUAAUGCAUAAGAUAAAUUGUGGUAAAAGUGAUCUAGUUAUGAUACCUUUCUUUAAAGAGAAAGAUUCUGUGAAAUAUGUUGUUCACCAGUUUUUACAAAAAAUUUAUUCUAUUUAACACCAAUACUUUUGCUUGGAAUUUUACAAGCUGACAGUUGCAGGAGAGUUUUGGGCUCAUAAACAGAUACAAAGGAAAAAUGAAAAUGCAGCACUAUUCAAUUUAGGGGACAUUACACCAAAGUUAUCUUGUGUCCUAGUGAAUUGGAUAAAGGGAGACUUUGCUAAUAGCAUAGCAUUUAUUCUUUUAUUCUUAAAAUACUAAGGAUUUAUAGCAUAUUUACCCCUCCCACACACAGGUCUGGGAAAAAGUCAAGGCUCCUUAGUGAUCAGCACCCUCAAAAUGAUGUACAGAUAACGGAUUAUGAUCACGUCAACAAUGGACCUG